AUGUUUGGAGUUUAUCAGUCUCAGGCCAACACAAAAAAAAUCGCCAGAAUAUAUGGUUAUAUGUCUCCAGAAUAUGUGAUGCGUGGCCAUUUCUUCAUGAAAUGUGAUGUCUAUAGAUUUGGAGUUAUGCUAUUGGAGAUUAUAAGUGGCAAAAGGAAUAGCAUCUUCUACCGCAUUGAUGAUUCUGCUAGCAACUUGGUCACACAUACCUGGAGGCUUUGGAGAAACGGGUCACCAUUAGAACUUUUGGAUCCGACAUUAGAAGAGAAUUUUGAGAGUGACGAGGUUAUUAAAUGCAUCCAUAUUGCAUUUUUAUGUGUUCAAGAAAACCCUGCAGAUCUUCCAAUUUUUCCAGAAAUCAUCUUUAUGGUCACUAGAAGCAAAACCACUUUAUCUGUGCCUCAAGCGCCCGGAUUUUUCUUCUCAAGCAUGCAUGAUUUUGCCUCAGUCUAUAAGCAGUUCUGUUCCAGGUUUCAUCAAUAA